UUAUGAAAUGGCAACAAUUGAUUCGAAUUUGACAGAUGUAUAAUGUGUAAAUUACAACAAACCAGUUCGCAAUUUUUUUUUCGUUUAUUGGCCAGGUGAAGGAUGGAAGUCUUUCGUACACCGGAUUUUUAUAUUUUCGUUAAAGGGAACAAUAGCCUUUGGUGGGAUCGACAUACAGGACUUUUUAUUCCUAAAUCAGCAUGGGAAUUGGCUACAUUAGAGGAUCCUGUUUGUUUAGGAGUAUGUGAUGGAUUAAUUGGGAAAGUGGAGCACCAUCCAGUGUUUGAUGCUCGGUUGUUACUUAUAAAAGAUUCUGUGAGUGUGGGUUAUUUACAUGGAACUGAUGAAGUGUUAAAAAUCAAAUCUAUAACAUUCCUAAAAAUUGGUCCUGAAAAUUCUGAUGUCAACUUGCAACCGUGUAAAAAACACAACAUUGGCCCAACAAAGAAAAGUUCUACUCAGAUAGCUCCUUUAUUUGAUAUACCAAAAACUGUUUCUCUUUCAAAGACUAUUGGCACAUUAAAAAAUGCUGGUAAUGCGAUUAAAAACACAACACAACAAGCUGCUGCUGCUAUGUCUGUUUCUUCUACCUUAAAACGAGAUAUUAAAGAUAAAGAACGAUUUGAAAAAUCAAUUUUGGAGGAAUUUCAAAAGAUUUUUACUGAUACAGAUUCGUUUUAUUAUUCUUAUACAUGUGACAUUACCAGUUCUUUACAAAGAUUGUGUACUUUAGAGAAAAGUGGGGAAUUUAAUAAAGAAGCUUUAUGGAGAACUGUAAAUGAUAAAUUCUUUUGGAAUAAAUACAUGCUGAAUGAAUUAAUUGAGCUAAAUAAUCCUUUAGCAGAUCCAUGGAUUCUACCGAUAAUCCAAGGUUAUAUUCAAAUUGAACAUUGCAAAGUAGAAGUUGAUAAUGAUUAUAGGGGUGUUAAAACUAGUCCUAAGUAUGAAAUAUUUACUUUGAGUAUUAUUUCGCGUAGGAGUCGAUAUAGGGCUGGAACAAGGUAUAAGAGAAGAGGAGUUGAUGAAGAUGGAGAAUGUGCAAAUUAUGUAGAAACCGAACAAUUGAUUCAAUAUCACCAUCAUGAAGUCUCUUUUGUUCAAGUUCGUGGGUCAGUUCCGGUUUAUUGGUCUCAACCUGGUUAUAAAUACAGGCCACCACCUAAAUUGGAUAAGGAUGAAUCGGAAACGAAAAUAGCUUUCGAAAAACACUUUACUAAUGAGAUACAGACAUAUGGUCCAGUUUGUAUUAUUAAUUUAGUUGAUCAAAGUGGUAAAGAAAAAAUAAUUUGGGAUGCUUAUUCGCAUCAAAUUUUCCAGUACAAUAGUCCCUACCUCACUUAUGUUACCUUUGAUUUUCACGAAUAUUGUCGUGGAAUGCAUUUCGAAAAUGUUUCAAUAUUAAUUAAUAGUAUUGCAGAUCUUCUAAAAGAUAUGAAUUAUUGUUGGAGGGAUAGACAAGGUCAUAUAUGUUCACAGGUUGGAGUUUUUAGAACAAAUUGUAUUGAUUGUUUGGAUAGGACAAAUGUUGUACAAACGGCUUUAGGUAAAGCAGUUAUGGAAAUGCAAUUUUGUAAAUUGGGUUUAAUUACGCCUGAUGGAAAUAUUCCUGAUACAAUUAAAAGUACCUUCCAAUUGUUAUGGGCUAAUAAUGGUGAUAUUAUAAGUAAACAAUAUGCAGGAACUAACGCUUUAAAGGGCGAUUACACAAGAACUGGUGAACGCAAAUUAGCUGGAAUUAUGAAGGAUGGAAUGAAUUCAGCAAACAGAUACUACAAGUGUCAUUUUACGGAUUCUCUCCGCCAGUGUUGUCUCGAUCUGAUUCAGGGUAAUGCAGUGACUGAAUCAGACAUCCUGGACACCUGGUCGCACUUAAACACAAUUGGCAACAUCGCGAACGAAAUAUUGCCCGUCGCAAACCCGGCGUACUUACCUCACCUAGCAUUAGCGCAGGAGUUUGAGCUCGCGAACGCUUUGUAUUACAUGUUUAGGUAUUAUUUGAGCCGUUUUAAAGAUUCAACUCGUCAAGGAACGAUAGAUCUUAUGUUAGGAAAUCCCGUAACUGAAAACAUUUUGGAUGAACAACGCCACCAGUUUGAGGAAGAUAAUUUAGCGACAGCCGAGCGUGUUAAAUGGUUAAUUGAGGAUUGUAAAAAGAUGUUCAUAAAUAAUCCGGAAUUUGUGCAAGGGACUUGGGGUUUAAUAAACGCAGAUCCCGUUGUUGGAGAUCCCAGCGAAUCCGAAAUGGACACCAUUUUGAUUUUAACCAAAGAUUCGUAUUUGGUCGCCGAUUAUGAUGACCAGGUUGAUAAAGUUACCAAUUACCAAAGAGUUCCUUUAAGUGAUAUUACAUUGAUAGAAAGCGGAAUUCCUGAUUAUAUCACUUCUUUGUUUAAAAGUUCUAAGAGCCAUUUUUCCAUUAGAAUAAAUUACAAGGUUAAUGAUGUAAUCGGUUAUUACCAUAUGUUUCGAUCUACAAAUUUGAGGUUUUUCAAUAAUAUGAUUGUGCUUGUUAGAAACGAAGAAGAACAAAUAGAAUCGCUUAAAGCAAUUUGUGAGGCGUUUAUGGUAGCUUUGGAGGUUGCUGGAAUAAAUAAUGUGCGUUAUGUACAACAAAAAAGAUUGGAUAGAAGGAAAUCUAAGGUGUAUAACGAAAGCAAAACCAUAAGACAAAUGUAUCUUGAUGUUAUUGGGCUUCCACGGCUUACCAGAAAUGUGUCUGAAACACAACUGGCAACGUUAAAAAAUGCAGGUUCUAAAGCUUUAACAAACAUGUCACACCAAUUUUCCAAAUUAAAUAAGUUUGGCCCUUCGUUCAAAAAACAACCGAAAUUUGAAAUUGGCCACCCAAAACAAAACGAGACUUCCAGCGAAUCAGACGAAGAAUACGAUGAUAACAUUUUCCAACCGAAGGAAGUUGUUGGUACGGCGUGUAGUAGCCCAUAUGAUGCAUUUCCGGGUUUCCAAAACAUCGAACAAGGUGUUGAAAUCACCGAAGACUCUCAAAUAAUAGAUGCAAAAUUAACAGAGGUCCCAGAUUCUCAUAUUCCCGGGGUUGGAAUAUUAAUGGGUUCUUCAGAUGCUCAAUCUUCAUCAUUAGAAAAAAAAGCUAAAGAAUUAUCUUUCGAUAAUUCCAAACAACUAAUUUCUUCGAAUAAAACUCCCGAAAUUCAUAUCUCGGAAGAAACUGAGAAACGCCCGACCAAUUUAAAGUUGGAUCGAAAGUUGAGUCAUUCAUCGGGGGAAGUAGAAAACAGUGAGUAUGUAGAUCAAUCUUAUCCUGAACCGAUUUCGGGAUAUAUGGGAGGCGAGUGUAAGUUUGAAAAGCGCUCCAAUUCCGAACAAGAUAUAACUUUAAAUAUUUCGCAAUCGCAAAGCGAGUCUGCUUUAAAAAAUAAACUUACCAAUCUAACCAGUCCCGUUGCAAACGUUACCAAAGGACUUGUAUCGCCGUUAACUAAGCUGGCGAAGGGAGUACAAAAUCUUGGUGCUAAUCUCGAUCCUCGAAAAAUGGGUGUUAAGCAUGUUACUGAAAAAGAACUCGAAGAACAUCGAAUGUUACUAGAAAAAUGGAAAAAUAGCCGAACUAGAUUGAUUGCUUUAUAAUUUAUUUUUAUUUUAAAAGUAUUUAAUUUUAGGUGAUGUUUAUUAAUUUCAUCAGUCAUAACAGUCGCUAUACAACUGUUUAUUCUAUUUAUUACGAAUUAAAAAUUAAAACGAAUCUUAGCACAAUCUUUUUAAAUAAACGAGUAAUCAAUUAAAAAUGUUACAAUUUGUUAAAUUAUUAUUGUUAAAAUUUAAACGCAUAAAAUAAGUUGCUGGGUGGUAAUAAUAAAUUAAAUUUCUUAAUGUUUCGUCACUAAAAACUUAUUAAUUUAGCAAUUAUUAAUAAUUUGCUUUUGAGCAACCUUGUUUAUUAUUAUUUAUUAACGUAUUAAAAUAUAAACAGUAUAGUCAAUAGUUUAGAAUGGAUGUCUAAAAAUAUUCUUCUAUUUAACAAGUAUUUAUGAAAAUGUAGGUCAGCAUAGCAUUUGCUAGAAGGCCUAAUAGCAAUAAAAAAGUAACAGCUGUAAUAUCCGGGUCCAUGUAUCAAACCGAAACUACAAAAAAAAAAAAAAUAAAACCUUUUCCCGCAACCAA